CCACUCCAUCAUUUGUUACAUCAUAUCAUAGUGAUCAUAAUAAUGUCAGGGGUUUGGGUGUUCAAGAACGGCGUUUACCGAUUAGUGGAGAAUCCUCAGGCGGAGGGGUCGGACGGCCGGCAGGGGAAGGGAAGCGGGUCGAGGAAGAAGGUUCUGGUGCACCUGCCCACAGGUGAGGUCGUGUCUUCGUACAGCUUUCUAGAGCAGAUACUGACUGGUUUAGGGUGGGAGAGGUAUUAUGGCGGGGAUCCUCAUUUGUACCAGUUUCACAAGCAUUCCUCCAUUGAUCUUAUUUCUCUGCCCAGAGACUUCUCCAAGUUCAGCUCCAUCAAUAUGUACGAUAUCGUCAUCAAGAAUCCCAAUGUCUUCCAUGUCCGUGAUAUGUGAGUCUACCUCCUACUCCAUCCAACCCGUCAUCGUCGUCUCUUCUUUCUCAUCCGUCAUCUAUUGAUUUCCAUCCAUCAUGGUUUUCUUUCCUUUCUGUUCGUUUUUAAUUAAGGUCAGUCCCAUCAGUUUCUGGUGUGUUUUCUGAUGUGAGUGUGCUUCGUAGUUCAUCAGUUUGAUUAUGGAAGCUUUUAGUAGCAAGGGUUUGUUUGUUUGGCUUCCUACUUUACCUAUCUAUCUAUAUAUAUGCCUGUGGAUAUGUAUAUGUAGAUCAGGAAUAAAUUAAACAUGGAACGGUGUUUUAAGAUCAGAAAGUGUACUACUGUGUGCUUGGUUUGCUUCUGAUCAUGUAACGUCUUUGAUAUUGGGAUGAAUCGAUAUCCCUUUAUGGAUUUAA